UCUCAUAUAUAAACAUCCGAGAUACCCUCAAAUAUUUCAAAACCAAGGAAUCCUUUAACAGUCAAAUUCCAGUUUGCAAUGGACAAUACUUCUUCAAUCAAUGUUUUGUUCCCCUCUCUUCCAUGUGUUUUGCAUGAAUUUGCUACCUCUUGUCUUGUUUUGGCUCGACCAACAUUUCUGGUUUUGUGUCUACUUGUUUCCCUUUUUGUUGUCAAAGCGAAGGGCAAAAGCAGAAAGAAACCUGAUCUCCCUCCGGGGCCAACUCCUUGGCCAAUCAUUGGGAACAUUCCCGAGAUUUUAUCCAAAAAAAAUAAGCCAACAUAUCGAUGGAUUCAUUGCUUCAUGAAGGAACUCAACACUGAUAUUGCUUGCAUCAGGCUUGCCAACACUCAUGUCAUUCCCGUCACUUCACCUGAGAUUGCUCGAGAGUUCUUGAAGAAACAUGAUGCAGUUUUCGCAUCGAGGCCUGUUACAAUGGCAACCGAGUAUUCUAGCCGAGGGUUCUUGACCAUAGCUGUGGUUCCAUGGGGAGAUCAAUGGAAGAAAAUGAGAAAAGUGAUGGCUUCUGAGAUUAUAACCCCAGCAAGACUUCGUUCGUUACUUGACAAAAGAACCGAAGAAGUUGAUAAUCUUGUUAGGUUCAUAUACAACCAAUGCAAGAGCAAUGGUGGCUCAUCAGCAGUUAUAAAUCUGAGACUUGCAGCGAGGCAAUGCACUGGAAAUAUUAUCAGGAAGAUGAUGUUCAACCGAAGAUUCUUUGGGGAAGGACGUAAAGAUGGAGGCCCUGGAUAUGAAGAAGUAGAGUAUAUUGAAUCAGUAUUUACAGUGCUCCGUCACCUUUACAGUUUCAUCUUAUCAGAUUAUAUGCCCUGGUUGAGACCCUUGGAUUUGGAAGGUCAUGAAAAGAUUGUAAGUGAGGCCAUGAAAGUUGUGAAUGGAUACAAUGAUCCUUUGAUUGAUAAGAGAGUAAAAGAGUGGAAAGAUGGGAAGAGGAAAGAGCCUGAAGACCUGCUUGAUGCCUUCAUUUUAGCUAUGGAUUCAGAGGGGAAACCAGCACUUUCAGUCGAAGAAAUCAAAGCCCAAUGCACUGAAAUGAUGUUCGCAACACUGGAUAAUCCAUCGAAUGCAGCGGAAUGGGCAAUGGCGGAGAUGAUAAACCAACCUGAAAUCCUCCAGAAAGCAACGGAGGAAAUAGAAGGAGUUGUUGGAAACCAGAGGUGGGUUCAAGAGUCUGAUAUUCCAAGACUCAACUACGUAAAAUCUUGUGCAAAGGAAGCAUUUCGGAUUCACCCCAUUUCACCCUUCAACUUGCCCCAUGUCUCAAAUGUUGAUGCCAUCGUUGCUGGCUACUUCAUCCCCAAAGGCAGCCAUGUUUUGCUUAGUCGGCUAGGCUUAGGCCGGAACCCCAAGGUUUGGGACGAGCCAUUGGGGUUCAAACCUGAGCGACACUUGAAGGAUGGGUGCAUUGAAGAAGUUGAUCUGACAGAGACAGAACUGAGGUUCAUAUCGUUUAGUACAGGGAGACGUGGGUGCAUGGGGGUGGCUCUUGGAAGUGCAAUGACAGUGAUGGUGUUGGCAAGGCUUAUUCAAGGAUUUUCAUGGAGGGUGCCAUCAAAUGAGGCUAACAUCGAUCUCUCCGUGUCGGAAAAUGAUCUUUUCAUGGCGAAACCUUUGCAUGCAAUGGCUAAACCUCGCUUGCCUGGAGAGCAACUAUAUUCGCCCUAUUAAUUUUCAGUGAUGAAAUGCUUCUGUAUGUAGGAAACGAUCGAUAGCAUAGAUUUAGAUAUGGCGUAUCAAUGAUCUAUAACUAUAACUGAAAAGAAGGCUAAAUUUUAUUAUGAGUACCUGUACUUUACAAAAGUUGUAGACUUAGUACUUGUAUUUUAAUUUUUUCAAUUUUUAAAA